AUGGAUAUCACAGCAACGAUCCACCUGCCGCGCAUUCUCUGUCUCCACGGCGGGGGCACUAAUGCGCUGAUUUUCCGUAUGCAGUGCCGUGUGCUUGAGAAGCGUCUCGGAUGUUCCUUUCGUCUCGUCUAUGCUCAGGCUCCAUUCACCAGCGUGGAACCUGGGCCAGAUGUAACGUCUGUCUACAAGGACUACGGGCCUUUCAAGGUCUGGCUCCUUGAUCAUCGCAUGUCUAGCGUCUGGAAAUCCCGAGAAGUUGCUGCAGAGAUUGACGCCGCUCUUGCGCUGGCCAUGGCCGCCGACGACGUUCAGGGGGCUACGGGAGAAUGGGUAGGCCUACUUGGAUUCAGUCAGGGUGCGAAGGUGGCAGCGAGCAUCCUUUACCGACAGCAGAGGUGCGGGAUGACCAGGUUCCGAUUUGCUGUCCUCUUCGCCGGUCGUGGGCCACUGGUGUGGCUCAUGCCUGAUCUCCCCCAGCCGCAUGGCUUGGUCGACGCUGCCACACCGUUCACACACACCCCUCCUGCAUGGCUCACUCGGGGCUCCGAUGAGCACAUGCUGCGGCUACCGACGAUCCAUGUCCAUGGGAUGAGAGACCCCGGGCUGGACCAGCACCGAGACUUGCUUCGAGAGUACUGCGACCCGCUACAGGCCACGCUCUUAGAGUGGGAGGGUGACCAUCGCAUGCCUAUCAAGAGUCGAGACGUCGAGACGAUCGUCCAGCAGAUUCACAAACUUGCACGGGAGACAGAUGCUCCAUUUCCAAUGACUAGCUUGAGUGGCGCGAUGGUGAGAAAAAGAGGCAUAUGGAAGAUCAGCCGAGAAAAGCUUUUCGAUGCAAAAGAUGAGCAUGUAACAAAGCAUAGUCAUGGGAUGGCUUAG